AUGCCUAUCCGCAAUCCAUUCACACGCCGCGGCCAAGUUACCGCAAACGAUGACUCCCUACGGCCUGAAGCCCCUGGGUUUGAGCGAAUCGACACUCAUGGCUCAAAGGCUUCUUCGGUGCUCAGCGUCCGCAGUUCGAAGAGCCAAGACAACGGGGAAUACAAGAUGAGCGUCGUCAAUGACAGCGGCGUCUACCUUCCGCCGUCGCCCACCGAAGAAAAGGGACAAUGGCCCCGGCAAUACCUGUCCACCAGAAAAUCUACCGACACUAGGAGUAGCUUCGGCGAUAUCGAGCACUUUUCCAUCUCUCGCGAGUCCUUUGAUUCGUACAGGCGAUCAUUUGAUGUGACUGCGAGGGCGCCCAUCACACACGACGUGCCCAACCGCUCCAGUCUCGACUCUGCUCGAUAUCCACGCUUGCCGCGGUCGGCCAUUGAUCGCCAGAAAGAGAGGCAAACUGCGAUGGUGGAAGAAUCCUUCGAGGAGGUCGGCUUAGACGACCAGAAGCAGCAGGCACAGGCACAGCAGGCGCGCAAACGAGGAUUCUUCUCGAAAUUCGGCGACACGCAGGAGAAGGACGCCACAGCACAAGGCCCGGUCGCCCGCUUUUUACACACCGGCCGGAAGCGAGGGCAGAGUGGGCAGGGUGCCGAGCUCGGGAGCAUCGAACAGCCCAAGGCUCCUGUCACACAGGACGCCCGUGACUGA